UCAAUAUUGUAUGGGAAAAAGUGUUAAUGUGUCUCUAUAUGUACGGUAGUUAUGACUCAUUCUGUAUCAUUGUUUCAAUCUGUCGUGUUCCAGUCAGGUGCAUUAAAGGGUUAAAAAUGAAGCCCGUUGCACAUACAUAGCUUGGUACCUGUCAGAUUCUGGAAGUAGACACUUUAAAGAUACAUCAACAAAAAUCGGAUGCCAUAAAAGCGGUGAGUCAAAGAACAUUGGUGAGUCAGGUUUAAAACGAGCAACCCUGUGAUGGAGGCCGGAACUGCAACCGGUAUCUGGUUUCCAGUCGGCGCUUUACUGAUGUUGCACCACGGACCACAGCGCUUGCCACCGACGAGGGAAGAACAUCUACGAACCUGAUGAGUUAGUGGGCUUUGGGGAAUAGUGGGUGAAUUAAUCCGCAUUUCUUAUUUACUGCCAUUAUUUUCUUCCAUCCUCUUGCUUUUAUAUUGAAUCAAAUGUGCCUGUAGUUGUCAACUUGGGUACAGACAACGUGGAACUGGGACUGCUAACUGCUUGACUGGACUUGUACACACCCUCAGCUGCUACAGGAAAACGAAUAUUUAUUUGAGAUAUCAACUGUUUGGCAUAUUGUAAUGCAGCCAGCCUUUUGUAAGCAAGGAUAUUCUCAUAUCGGUCACUUUGGAAUCGGAAGCCGCACUGCGCUAUUUCACAGCUAAUCAUUCAAAAACAUGCAAAAAUAGCCACUUAGCCAAGUGACCACUCAUUGUUUUGAACGGGGGACUUGUUAAGUCAGCUGGCCCGAUCGUCAUUUCACAUCCGUGCGAGUUCUCUGACCACCAUCAUCGUAUUAUCUCCCGAGUCAUCGGCCUUAUAUAUGUCCGCAUCUGUCGGUAUGGAGGAUCAACACGGGCAGAGUGAACCUUCUCCACCGGAGUCCUCUGUGGAUCCAGCCACCCUGGUGUCCGAAGACGGCAAGAACAGCAAGGCGGUGCUGUGCCAGCGAUGCGGGUCCAAGGUGCUGUGUCCGGGGAUGGCUCAGCUGUCAGAGAAAGAGCUCUUCCUGCCCGCCAUGAGGAAGAAGUCCAGCAUCGCCCAAUCCGACGGCUCGGUGGACGGUGACACGCUGACGUCCCAUUGGCUGGUGUUUGACAUGUUCGACUUUGAAAACGUGGGCUUCACAAAGGAUGUGGGCAACAUCAAGUACCUCAUCUGCGCCGACUGCGAGAUCGGACCCAUCGGCUGGCACUGUGUGGACGACAAGAAGAGCUUCUACGUGGCGCUGGACCGGGUUGACCACGCCUGAGGAGUGGGUCAGAACCGCCACAGUCUCUCACACACACACACACACACACACACACACACAUGCGUGCGCACACACACACACAAACCAGACUAACAAGAAGAUCUUUCUGUAUCGCCCUGGACCGGGUCGACCAUGUCUGAGGAAGGGGUCAUAACACACACACACACACACACACACACACACACACACACACACACACACUCACGCACGUGCGCGCAUUAGACUAACAAGAAGAGCUUCUACAUGGCAUUGGACAGGGUGAACCAUGCCGGAAGGGGUCAGACCUCCCCCCUACCUACAAAGUCGCACAUGCACACGAUCACACACUAACAGACUAACAGGGGGAACUAGACUCAAAGGAUGAUCACACACACACACACACACACACAAGCUUACAGGGUGGCCUGGCCUGUCUGACCCAGACCGAAGAGCCAGAACCACCAGCUCUGUAUUGGAUACAGCCAGACCAGUUCUGAACGAACAGCUCCGCUCCGAAAUGGAUUAUCGGACCAGCUCAGAAUCAGUCCCCUCCUCUCCACUGCUCUCCUCCUCUCCAGUUGGGACUUGCAGUGUAUGAAGCAUGACUGAAGUGCGGCUGUUUUGUAUGUUGUAUGACUUUUUUGUGCUCAGAUGUCAGCCAGGUGGUACAACCACAGCACUAAUGCCCAUAAAUUAAUUGGUAAUUAAUGUACAGCAACAAAUACAAAUACAAAUAAUCCAUUAAAAAUUAAACAAAACAAAAAACAUUUACCGUAAUCCAUACAAUAGUGGCAUUAGCCUGUCGUGUGAGACAACCACUAAAACGUCAUUGACCCAUAUGGUAUAUGGCUGUGUGGCUGGUGUAUGUGUGUUUGUGUGUGAGUGACUGGUGUGUGGUGCGUGUGAAUGAUGCCAGGCGUCCUGGGGGAAUACAUGCAUUGUAACACGGUGACUAACUGGCGAUCUACAUUCCCUAAGCUGGUAUGGCGUUUGCCAAAACAGCGUAUACCUGAUAUAUUAUUUGUGUGUGUGUGGUGUGUAUUACUUAUGUUUGUUCUGUGUGUGUGAGUCUAUGAUGUGUAAUUGGCAUACUGGGGGAGUGUGUGUGUGUGUGUGUGUGUGUGUGUGUGUGUGUGUGUGUGUGUGUGUGUGUGUGUGUGUGUGUGUGUGUGUGUGUGUGUAUUAUAAUAACACAUUGAUUAAGUGUUUUUUCUGCAUUUCCCUGUGUAGGCCUAUACUGAUUGUCUUUAUUCUGGUCUUGUGUCUUCAGCUCUAUUGGAAUCAUGAUGGGGAUUUUUAAGGUGAUACUGUGCCAUUUCUGGAAAUAAGCUCAUUUUACACCUCACCUUCAGUUAAGUGAUUCAGCUUUACCUUUAUCCUGUACAUACAGCCAGUUUUUGAGUCUGGUAAUGCAUGUUUUUAACCUCCAAGUUAGCAAUUGUCUUUGAAUCUUAUGGGUCCAGCUAGCUGCUAACAAUGACAGUUGCUAGCUUGGAACUAUAAGAAGCAUCACAAGACUAACCGAGCACGAGCAGCUAAAAAAAAAACAGAAACAGAAGGUAAAACUCAAUUAUUUAACUGAAGCGGAGAUGAAGACUAAGCUUAUUUCCAGAAAUGGCACGGUAUGACUACAAGGCUUGUUGAUAUCUACAGUAGUAACUACAAAUAUAUUUUACGUUCACACUUUUUAACAAGAACGCCUGUUUCUCAUGGACCUCAUUACAUUAUAUUCUAUUACAUUAUACUUAGGUGAUACUUUCAUCCAAAUUACUUACAGCAGCUUACACAGCAAUGUGAGGUAAGGUGCCCCUUGCCCAAGGAUCUUAGGACCACCUCAAGCAGAGGGUAUGUGGAAGUCUAAAAGAACAUUAUUUUGUAGUUCAGAGAAAUCGCUGUUGUCUCUAUAAAGCUAUUGUUGUAGAUUUGGCCAAAUAGUUAAAGAGUUGGGCUUUAGACCAGGGGGUUACAAGUUAGAAUCCCACCCUUACACUUCCUACUCAACUCCAUGGUUGAGAUGCCCUUAAGUUGGGCAAGGCACCUAAUCCCACACUGCUCCAGGGACCAGAACCAAUGUCCUGUAAGUAACUGCAAGUUGCUUUGCAUAAAAUCUCAAAAUGUAUGUGAGCGGCCCUUUAUUCUGACUGGUUGCAUAUAGUGUCCUGAACCUUACACACUUAAAGCAGCAAUUGCAAAGUGGGUAUUUAUUUUAAAAAAUGUAAUUUUCAAGGUGAAAUGGUGAAUAUUACAGACUUCAUUUAGUUUUUUCACAAUUUUUCCUGAAACUGGAGGACCCUGUAUCUCGAAAACACAGUUUCUAACCAGUAUGCAACUUCCUAGGUUUCUAUUUAUGGGAAAUUGCAUUGCAACUUAGCAACGACGUUGUCGAGAAACUCACCCCUGAUGUCUAAGCGCAAGUAGGCUAUUAGACUUGCAACAGUCACUGCAAGUGAAUGCCCCAAAAUAUGAUCUCCAUUGUCAAUAAUAUGUGGAGUGGACUAGAAUGGAUGUUUGUGAGGAUAAAAUAAUAACCUGAUGUCUGUAAAUUUUAUACACUUUGAAAAUUACAUUUAUUUUAAUAAACCCCUGCAUAAGAAUAA